AUGACUCUGAUACUGAUACUGCUGUUCCUGAAAAACAUUUGCGUCUUCCUGAACAAGCUCGUGCUGCGGUGCUACAACUCGUUCCUCAUCCACCCGAACCACGGCCAUCUGGACGCGGGCAAACACGGCGGAGGGGGAGGCGGUGGCGGCGGCGGUGGUGGUGGAGGAAGCGGUGGCUUCGGUAGCCACAGUGGCCACGGUGGCCACUUUGGGACGGGACUCGGGGUGCGUCCGCGUCGCACGCGCCGCAACCGAGCGGAACUGAUGCUCCACCGGGGGAGCGAGGGAGGAGCGCACUACUACAACCACUACUGA